UAUAUACUUCUUUUGCCUAUUCACUAAUAUUCAAAUGCCUAUUCACUAAAUUUUCAAAUAUUCAACUUUCGCACUUUCAGUUAUUACCAUCCGACAUUACUUGAAUUUUGUUGAAUUUGAAUAAAAAAUCAAGCACUUAAUCAAGUUAAUAUAUCCUUAGCUUUCACUACCUUCAAUUCAUAAAAAAGAUCCAGCACAGUGUCCCGCCUUUUUUUGGGUCGGGAGAGGUUCAAUAAUAGGUGGAAAAGUAACGCUUCCCCUCCCAUUAUAAAAUGACACAUUAGCGACAUUAGUGUCAAAUACGUAGAAAUAUAUUUGUAUGUAAAAUAUGUGCUUGAAAUAAUUGUGAAAAAGUACAAUAAAAUCUAUCAUAAUGUUACGUGGAAUAAAUUAGAAGCUAAUGCAAAUGAGAUCUGUAUUAUAAUAAGGGCUCUGUUAUUGAUAUGCACAAACCUGACAAAUUCAGAAUCGUCUAAAUACUGACCAACGCCCAAUUUAAAAUAAAAUUUUGUAAAAUUUAUCACAAUGGAGAAGAGUACGAUCAUCAGUAUUGUGUGUUUAUUAUUAUUUACAGUAACAGGUAUCAAUGCACUUCGCUGUUACCAAUGUAGUAGUGACACUGAUCCAAAAGGUGAAGAUUUAUGUGGAGCAUACAAGAAAUUUGAUAAAGAGAAAAAUAUUGCUAUCGAAUGUAACAGUGAGGAAUCUUACAUGCCUGGCACAUUCUGUGUCAAAAUAACCCAUCAAAGUCCUCGUGGUUUCAUAUGGGAUGGUAGAUGGCGACAAGUAAUUCGUCGAUGCUCUUCGGUAUCCAGUACUGGAGUCACGGGUGUUUGUAAUUGGGGAGUAUACGAAAAUGGAGUUUAUUGGGAAGAAUGUUCCUGUGGUGAAGAUUCAUGUAAUGAUGCAUCAACAUUAUCACCAUUCUCAAUAAUGAGACUAUUGUUGCCAAUUGGUAUUUCUAUGUAUAUGUAUCCUUUAACAUGAAUAUAAAAAUGCAUUUAAUAAAAAUGCAUUGUUAUAUUGCAUAGGAGAACGAUUCCGUCCAUAAUACAAUGCAGUUCAUUAAGAGCUAUUGUUUAUCAUAAGAGAAUUUUGAAUACAAGUUUCAAAGAUUA